AUGUCGACCGCUACUGCUAAAACAGACAAGCUCACCGAAAAACUCAAGCAGUUCACCUUCGACGAGAAGGACAAUUCUCUGAUUGACUCAAAGAAUCCAGCGCCUUUCCCCGGAUCAGAACCCGAUUCUAAGGAAAAGCCAAAAUCCGCUGCUACUACUACCGCCACUUCAACUUCAACUUCAACUUCUGCUGGCUCAGACGCUGAUGCGCUAAAGGCUUCGAAACCUAGAACAAAGUCGUUUUUGAACAACGACGGGAUUGACGAGCUAAAACCGAUGACGCGGAAAAAGCGCGUUUCCUCGCUAUCGUUAUCGGACCAGUACUCUGUCUCCCAGAACUCCAUGCAGCCCUUGACAUCAAUGACUCCGCUUCACGGUAAGGGCAGCGAAGAUGGUACCGCAGGACAGGGUAACGUUCGUCGCUCCAGUUCGCAUAGCCGCCGUUCCUCCAUGAAGUUGUCGCGCUCCUCUUCUGUGCGCACGAAACGUGAGAUCAUUGACCACGAGCGUAUCGCAUCGUACGCGUUCGCAUUCGAUAUUGACGGUGUCAUUUUGCGUGGCCCAGACACCAUCCCAGAAGCACGCCAGGCGCUUCGUAUGCUAAAUGGGGAAAACAAGUACAAUAUCAAGGUGCCUUACAUUUUCAUCACCAACGGAGGUGGGCGUUCGGAACGCGCUCGUUGCAAGGACUUGUCUAAGCGUCUCGGGAUUACAGUCACCGAAGAUCAGGUGAUCCAGGGUCAUACCCCGAUGAAGGACUUGGUACCGGCUCAUCACAACGUGCUAGUCGUUGGUGGGGUUUUGAACUCGUGCCGUGAUGUUGCCAAGGGAUACGGGUUCGAGAACGUUUACACGCCGCUCGAUAUUAUGAAGUGGAAGCCAUCAGUGACUCCAUAUUACACGCUAAGCGAGGAGGAGAAGGCAUGUGCAUUGGAUGUUGAUUUCUCGAAGAUCAGCAUCGAUGCCAUCUUGGUUUUCGCAGACUCGAGAAACUGGGCUGCAGACCAGCAGAUCAUCUUGGAAUUGUUGUUGUCGAAGAACGGUGUCAUGGGUACCGUUUCUGAGACUGCGGAUGAAGGACCUGGGUUGUACUUCGCCCACUCGGACUUCGUUUGGUCCACCGAUUACUCUUUGAGUCGUUACGGUAUGGGUGCAUUGCAGGUUUCUAUUGCAGCCUUGUACCAGGAACACACGGGUAAAGAGUUGCAGGUGACCCGUUUCGGUAAGCCUCAGCGUGCUACGUUCAGAUUUGCCGACAAAGUCUUGAGCAAAUGGCGUAGAAACACUUUGGAGGAACAUGUCGAGCAGUUGGGUAUGACCAUCAGUGAUACCCGCGACAGAAUUCCAAAUGGUGCUGCUCCAGCAGGCCAUGGUGAUACCGAAACCGGCGAGUCUCCAUUCGGCCCAGACUCUGAAACAGAUCAAGAAACAGAUCUAACUUCCUCUACUGAAGACGACGAGGAAGACGACGAGGACGAUGAAGGAAUCGUUAUGGAGAAACACUCCAAAUUGCUGUUAGAGCUACCUCCCGCUUCGACUGUCUACUUCGUUGGUGACACUCCUGAAUCGGAUAUCAGGUUCGCUAACUCUCACGACUCUUCAUGGUACUCUAUUUUGGUGAAGACUGGUGUUUACCAAGAGGGUACCAUCCCUAAGUACAAGCCAAAGCAGAUUUGCGAAAAUGUGCUGGAAGCUGUGAAAUUCGCUAUUGAGCGUGAACACAAGAAGGAAUUAGAAGAGUGGAACAGAACCGCUGAAGUUACUGUACCCGUUGUGAAGGAAGAGAAGGAAACUAUCCAAAAGACUAACUAA